CCUCGAAAGCGAAUGCGCCGAGGACUCCUCCUCCCUACGCUGCGCAAUCAAAUCCCCUUACGAUUCCCCAACACAAAUCCCAGGCGAAUUUUGCGGAGAUCAUCAAUGGCGCCGCCGCCGAUCUUAUCUCUGGCCCUCCCUUCCGAGACCGGACGCGUCCUCAGCAUCCAAUCCCACACCGUCCAGGGAUAUGUCGGCAACAAAUCAGCUGUUUUUCCUCUUCAGCUUCUUGGAUAUGAUGUGGACCCAAUCAACUCCGUGCAGUUCUCCAAUCAUACAGGAUAUCCAUCUUUUAGGGGGCAGGUUCUUGACGGUGAGCAGCUAUGGGAUCUUAUUGAAGGCCUUGCAGCAAAUGAUUUAUUAUUCUACACACAUUUAUUGACAGGUUAUAUUGGUUCAGUUUCUUUUUUGAAUACCAUUUUAAAAGUUGUUGAGAGGUUACGCUCGAUCAAUCCCGCCCUAAUCUAUGGGUCAUCCUCCAGAACAAUUUAAGAUUGUGAUACCUAAGAUACCUGCAUAUUUCACGGGGACCGGAGAUCUGAUGACUGCACUUUUGCUAGGAUGGAGCAAUAAAUAUCCUGAUAAUCUUGAGAGAGCAUCAGAAAUAGCUGUAUCCAGUUUACAGGUAAUCUGUCUCUCAUAUUCUACUAUAGCAUUCCCCUUUUGCUUUUACAUUUCCUGAUCUACUGAGCACCGACUUGCUUUAAAGUUUUCUCUAUUUGAGCCUUCUUGGUUUGCCUAGUUUGUUUGUGCAAUCAUGUUUGCAACAAGAGUACCAAGCUUUUAUCCACAUGUAGAGUUAGGAAUAUUGGGUUUGAUCAAUAUUUGCCAAGUAUUUUUGCAGCUAGAGGAUCCU